AUGGAAAAAUCAACCACCUUGAACUGGUUUGGAUAUCCGCGGAAGAUAUUUAUUGUCCACCCCGUAACUUCAUUAGCCACCGGAGCUUCUCUCGGGGAAAAUUUUUCAUUUUCCUUUCAAUUUUACUGGAAAGAAAAAAAAAAUUUUUCCGGUGAAGAAAGAUUCGAUUUGUUUUGCCAUAAACGGAACUCCAUGGCGAUCCAAUCGGUGAAAGUGUGCAAUGUUUCCUUGGGUGCAUCUGAGCAAGAUAUUAAGGAGUUCUUUUCCUUCUCUGGUGAAAUUGAACAUGUUGAAAUGCAUGGUGAUAAUGAGCGAUCUCAAGUUGCAUAUGUUGCUUUCAAGGAUCCAUCGGGAGCAGAGACUGCCGUUCUUCUUUCAGGGGCUACAAUUGUUGAUCAAUCUGUCAACAUAGAGCUGGCUCCUGAUUACAAGCCACCUGCUACUUCCUCUGCAACACCUGCAACAGAGAAUAAAUGUGCUGGCCAGGCUAUAUCUGCUGUCCAGAAGGCAGAGGAUGUUGUAAGCAGCAUGCUUGCCGGGGGAUUCAUUCUUGGCAAAGAUGCAGUUAACAAAGCAAAGGCCUUUGAUGAGAAGCAUCAGCUCACAUCAACCGCCACUGCCAAAGUUGCUUCUCUGGACCAGAAGAUUGGUUUAACUGAGAAAAUUAGUGCUGGCACAACCAUGGUGAAUGACAAAGUGAGGGAAAUGGACCAGAAGUUUCAGGUUUCUGAGAAGACCAAGUCUGCAUUUACGGCUGCUGAGCAGACAGUCAGCAAUGCUGGAUCUGCUGUCAUGAAGAACCGUUAUGUCUUGACUGGAGCCUCAUGGGUUACUGGUGCAUUCAACAGGGUUGCUAAGGUAGCAGGCGAUGUGGGGCAGAAGACAAAAGAGAAAGUUUUGGCUGAGGAGGAACAAGCUCAGAAACCUGACCACUACGCACAGAUUAACAAGUCUGAAUCUCCUAAAGAUGCUAAACCUGCUACAAGUGAUCAACCUUCAAAGCCCUCAUCUGCACAAGGAUUAAUCCUUUAAUUUGCAGAAGACUGUAAAAACCAGCAUGGAAAGUAUGGAUAAUGUCAUCUUUUUGUGUUCUGCUUUCUAGUUUGGACGUAGUUAAAUGUAGGAUACUUUGUCACAUAUUGUUUGAUAUGUUUGCUACACUUGAUUUACAAAAUAAUAGAUGCCACAACAUUUCAGCAUCAA